CGUGAAAAACUGGUCGCGUCCAUUGUCCUGGCGCGCCACAGCUCGCCUCAGACGUAAUCCGUCCAGCAAGCGAACGGGCCAGCAAUCAACACGCAUCGAGGUCAGACGUUCAUUCAAACCGAUCAACCAAGCGGCGGCGCUUUUUUUGAACUGGGAGAACUUCAAUCCGAUAGAGGGACCCCGCACACAGCACACAGGUGACGCAGGUAGCGGUUACACCGAAACAAACGACGAUCGCGCGAGUCUACGAUGGCCGCCACCAGCGUUGUAGUCUUAGAUCGCGGUAACAACACGACCUGCACGAUCAAUCUACACGGUGCUACCGUUGUUUCCUGGAGGGUCAACAAUCAAGAACAGCUCUUUGUGAGUAAACAAGCUGUUUUUGAUGGAAAGAAAGCCAUUAGAGGUGGUAUUCCAUUUGUUUUUCCACAAUUUGGAGCAUGGACAUUCGGGCCCCAGCACGGGUUUGCCCGGCUGGUGCGCUGGAAUAUUGAAAAGGCCCCUGAACGCAUGCCAAGCGGCGAUGUUGAGGCGGUGUUCUCGCUGAUGGAGAGCGACUACACAAGGUCAAUGUGGAAUUACUCAUUCCGUCUAACAUAUAGACUAAUCCUCCGAGAAAAAGAACUCCACUUUAACAUAGCCAUAUACAACCCAAGCAAGGACCUAACAUUCAGUUUCAACAUGCUUCUCCACACUUACUUCAAAGUUCCGGACGUCCGCAGAUGUCAAAUCACCGGCCUACACGGCUGCACGUUCAUCGACAAGACGCGCGAUGGCGCUAUCUAUCAAGACGGCCGCGACGUCGUGACAAUCGGCGAAUGGACCGACCGCGUGUAUCAAAACACCCCACACGAACACAUCAUAACCAACGUAGUAUCCGGGCGUAAGAUGCGCAUACAGAAGUACAACUUCCCCGACACUGUCGUCUGGAACCCAUGGGUUGAAAAAGCCAAGGACAUGGGCGAUUUCGGCGAUGAUGAAUACCCAAACAUGGUUUGUGUGGAAGCCGGCCACGUGUCCAGUCCGGUGAUUCUCCUGCCCGGCACCGCUUUUGAAGCGAGUCAAAUUUUGCAGGUUAUGUAAGCAUAAACAUGAAAACGCGUUUGUUUAACACCAGAUGGCGGCAACUAAAGCAAUAGGAUAAUGUUUAUUCACACACACACAUAAUCUAUGGUUUAUUGUUAUAUUUUUUAAAAUCAACUAUAGCCUUACAUGGUAUACGACUGGUUGUAGUUUGUAGCACUGUAUGGAUAUAACUUGUAACAGAAAUAUUUGUGCAAUAGGUAAGAUCCUCUUAUACUAAAAUGUAACGAAUACGGUUUUUUAAAAAUGGUUUAUAACUGGUACAACUGCAAUUAGGGAUACGACUUACUACUGAUAACUAAUGUACUAUUUAGGAAUGUAACAACGCAUUUGUUUAUUGUUAUAUAUCAACAUUUUUUACGUGUUUUACACUUGAAUGCCAGGAGCGCCAUGGAUUUGAUCGUGGCGGUGAGAGAGAGACGAAUUUUCUAUUUUAUAUUAUUAUUAUUGUGGUGAUAUUGAUUAUUAUUGAUGAUUAUAUUAUUAAUGCGUAUGAUGAAUUUCGUUGGCGGCUUGCGCGCACCGAUUGUAUGCGAACAGGUCUGGUAUAUUACAAACUACGAUAUAAAA